CCGCUAGCUGUCACCCUAACAGAGUGUCUUUAUAACCAAAAAAUCUUUUUUGGGGUAAAUUUUUGGUUAAAUUCUUCGACGUAAAUCACAUUCUAGUCCAAAAAGCAAUAAAUAUGUCGUUUUUAACGAGGAACAUACCCAGAAUAUUGGUUCAAGCCUCGGCAAGAAAUAUUCAUACCACUGUUAACCAGAAUGCUACCGCAGUUAACCCAGCUGAACGUCCAGACACCAGAGUGAGUUGCACGUUGAUUCCGGGAGAUGGCGUUGGUCCCGAACUCGUUUAUUCUGUCCAAGAAGUGUUCAAAGCGGCCGGUAUCCCCGUCGACUUUGAAUCGUACUUUUUUUCGGAAGUUAACCCAACCCUUAGCGCUCCCUUGGAGGAUGUGGCAGCUUCGAUCGCCAAAAACCGAGUCUGCCUUAAAGGUAUCUUGGCAUCGCCUGACUACAGCCACACAGGCGAACUCGCAACCUUAAACAUGAAACUAAGAAACAACCUGGACUUGUACGCGAACGUCGUCCACGUCCAGUCGCUUCCAGGCAUCAAGUCCAGACACAAGGACAUCGACUGCGUUAUCAUUCGCGAACAAACCGAAGGCGAGUACUCGGCCUUGGAACACGAGAGCGUCAAAGGGGUGGUGGAAUGUUUGAAAAUCGUGACUGCGAGAAAAUCCCAAAGGAUUGCGAAAUUCGCCUUCGAUUACGCCACCAAGAACGGCAGGAAGAAGGUCACUGCGGUGCAUAAAGCCAAUAUUAUGAAGCUUGGGGACGGUUUGUUCUUGAAAUCUUGCGAACAGAUGGCAAAACUUUACCCAAGAAUCGAAUUUGAGCGCAUGAUCGUCGACAACUGUACCAUGCAGAUGGUAUCGAACCCGCAACAAUUUGACGUUAUGGUCACCCCAAAUUUGUACGGCAACAUCGUCGACAAUUUGGCAUCGGGGCUUGUGGGAGGGGCUGGCGUUGUUGCCGGUGCUUCCUACUCGGCCGACUGCGUGGUUUUCGAACCGGGUGCGCGUCACACCUACUCCGAAGCCGUUGGCAAAAAUGUCGCCAAUCCCACUGCGAUGUUGCUUUGUUCCGCCAAAAUGCUGAGGCACGUAAAUUUACCCGUGUACGGCCAGAUGAUUAGAAACGCCGUCGACAAAGUUUUGCAGGACGGCAAAGUGCGUACUAAAGAUAUUGGCGGCCAAUCCAGCACCCAGGAGUUCACUUAUGCUGUUAUUCACAAUCUACAGAUGCCCGCAUAAGGAGUUGAAGUAUGGUUUUUCAAACAUCAUGUAUUAUUAGCUUUUUUAUUUAAUUUAUUUAUACAAAUUGUAUAUGUAUGUUUUAAUUUAUUGAUUUAUGAUAGAACUCAAAAACAAAGUUUUAAAUAACUGUGUAAAGUUGUACAUUGAAGCUUCUCGCAGCUUAGAGCUGUAAUGUAUUGUUAUACAUUUUUAAUAAUAUAAAAACCCCAAGUAUUA